AUGGAGUUGCAGUUUGAAGAAGAAGGACUGCAGCCGGUGAGUCCUACCGGUCAGUACUUCUCUAGCCCUGUGUUAUCGGUAUCGAAUCUAGGUGUUAUGGAAACUGAGGUUCCAAUUGAUGAGUCUCCAACCAUGUCAAUGCUCAAAAAUGUGUUCCUUCCCAUUAGCCCACGCUUCUCCUCUAUCAUGGUUGAGAGAAGGGGAAAGAAACAGUGGAAAAGGGUGGAAGUAAAUCUUGAAGACCACGUUAACAUCCCAGUUUUCCCUUCCGGACUCUCACCUGCAUCAUACGAUAAGUAUUUUGAUGACUAUAUAUCAAAGCUAGCAGUUGAGAGACUUCCGCAACACAAACCUCUCUGGGAAAUUCACAUCAUCAAGUACCCAACUACGACUGCAGCCGGUACUAUAAUAUUCAAGCUUCACCAAGCGCUUGGUGAUGGCUUCUCUAUGAUGGGUGCUCUUCUGUCCUGUCUGCAAAGAGCUGACAAUCCUUCUCUUCCCCUAACCUUCCCGUCAAGAAGGAGGUCGCAAUCACGUAAUAAUAAAAAUGGAAACUUUGUGACUAAAGUUCUCUCGUCUGUCUCAAACACCAUAUCGGAUUUCUUCAAUAGCAACAUGGAGGAAGAUGAUCAGACGCCUAUCAGAUCAGGGAAUGAUGGAAUUGAGUUCAAGCCAAUUGCAGUAUCAACUAUGACGAUUCCUCUUGAUCGACUCAAGCUAAUCAAGAACAGGCUCGGAGUGACGAUAAAUGAUGUUCUUGCCGCGAUGAUCUUCCUGGGGACCCGACUAUACAUGCCAGACAUUAACAAAAGUUCAAGCGAAGCAAGAGGCACAGCAGUUGUAUUGCUCAACACAAGGAUGAUGGGGAAUUAUACUUCGGUUCAGGAGAUGACCAAACCUAAUAGCAAGUUGCCAUGGGGAAAUCACAUCUCACUUUUGCAAGUACCAAUACCUAAGUUAUUAACGAAUGGUGAAGAACAAAUAGAUAAUGCACUUGACUUUGUCUGGAAGGCACAUAAUAUUAUAAGGAGCAAAAGACAUUCUUGGGGUAUUCAUCUCACAGCUGGGUUCUUGGAGAUUCUCAACAAAUUUGGAGGCCAUGAGUCAGCAGCAAGAUACAUUCGUAAUUCGUUGAAAAAGUCGAGCAUGAUAAUUUCUAAUUUGAUUGGACCUGUGGAACAAAUGUCUGUAGCAAACCAUCCAGUUCAAGGCUUCUACUUUCUGGUGUUUGGUUCCCCUGAGGGCCUGGAUGUGACAAUAGUAAGUUAUAUGGAAAAGGUGAGGAUUGCAUUCAAGAUGGAAAAAGGUCUUAUUGAUCCACCAAAGUUCAAGUCAUUCAUGGAGAAGUCCUUCGAUAUGAUACUCAAAGCCUCGGAGAAAAAUGUUGUGGAGAAGAAUUAA